GCGCAUGCGCAAAACCCCUGAUCAGCUGACUGUGAGUGUGAUGCUCUGUUGAAGGACCUCUGAGUCGAAAACCUGGUGUGAUCUGAGCUAUGCAUCGGGAAUUGUGACAGUUUUACUGCAUUGCACCGUGUGGUCCGGACCCGAGGCCGGUGAGCGCAUCGUGACUGCCCUACAUCAGAGGCCUGGUGGUCAAGCUCCCUGCCAGCAGCCAUGACAGAGUUCUGGUUGAUCUCCGCCCCGGGCGAGAAGACGUGCCAGCAGACCUGGGAUAAGAUGAUGGUGGCCACCACACGCACUAACAACCUCUCCACCAACAGCAAGUUCAACAUCCCUGACCUCAAGGUUGGAACGCUAGAUGUCUUAGUGGGUCUGUCAGAUGAGUUGGCUAAACUAGACACUUUUGUGGAGAGUGUCGUGAAGAAGGUGGCCCAAUACAUGGCCGAUGUUCUGGAGGACAGCCGAGACAAAGUCCAGGAGAACUUACUGGCCAAUGGAGUUGACCUGGUCACCUAUGUCACCCGAUUCCAGUGGGACAUGGCUAAGUAUCCCAUCAAGCAGUCGCUGAAAAACAUCUCGGAGAUUGUUUCCAAGCAAGUGACUCAGAUAGACAACGACUUGAAGGCCAGAGCUUCUGCCUACAACAACCUGAAGGGCAACCUGCAGAACCUGGAGAGGAAGAAUGCGGGGAGCUUGAUGACAAGGAGUCUGGCUGAUAUUGUGAAGAAAGAGGAUUUUGUGCUGGACUCAGAAUACCUGAUUACCCUGCUGGUGGUUGUCCCAAAACCAAACUAUGGUGACUGGCAGAAGACGUAUGAAACCCUGGCAGAGAUGGUCGUGCCACGCUCCACUAACCUCCUGUUUGAAGACAACGACAGCGGCCUGUUCAGUGUCACUCUUUUCAGGAAGGCCAUCGACGACUUCAGACACAAAGCCAGAGAAAACAAGUUUACAGUGCGUGAUUUCCAGUACAAUGAGGAGGAGAUGAAGGCAGACAAAGAGGAGAUGACGCGUUUGUCCACUGACAAGAAGAAACAGUUUGGGCCUUUGGUACGGUGGCUGAAAGUGAAUUUCAGCGAGGCCUUCAUCGCAUGGAUCCACAUAAAAGCCCUGCGUGUGUUUGUGGAGUCGGUUUUGAGAUACGGCCUGCCAGUCAACUUCCAGGCCAUGCUGCUGCAGCCCAACAAGAAGAACAUGAAGAAGCUCAGAGAGGUGCUGUACGACCUGUACAAACACCUGGACAGCAGCGCUGCUAUCAUUGACGCCUCUAUGGACAUCCCAGGACUGAAUCUGAGCCAGCAGGAGUACUACCCCUAUGUUUACUACAAGAUCGACUGCAACCUGCUGGACUUCAAAGUCUAGAUAUGUUGCCUUCAUCACCGAUGGCAUCAUCAUCAUCUAUUCCACACAGUCUCACUCUGCUUGCUGCGAUUGGGUUCUGCUGUGACAAGCUCUACCACAACUUCUUUCUUUCUUUCUUUCUUUCUUUCUUUCUGGUACAUUCCUGGGUCCACACUGAAUAAGCUAUUAGAAACAGGAGUGCUGAUUGGCGUAGGGUCACGUGGUGGCAUAAAUUCAUGAAAACUGGACACCAAAUACAACAAAUACUUGAUAAAUGUGGGCCCUGAACAUCUUCUUAGUGUUUCUCUCUUCUUACCAUGGCUUAAACAAAUGGCUUCUCAUUUUAUACUUUGACAGAGUGUUGAAAAAGUCCCUGGUAAACACUGGAGUGCAUAUUGUUUUGUUUUUUCAAACUGAUAUAUUACUGUCUUCAAAGUAACAAGAAAGGUACAUAUCUGGGACAAAUGGAAGAAAUAAUAAUAUAUGUCAAAUAUAUUUAUUUUAAGACUCUGAAACAAGUGGAUAGCAUUUGUUUUGUUUACUUUUUGAGGAUACUGUGUUGUUAGCUCCGUGUGAGGUAGAAGUAGACGUGAGCAGUGUUAUCAUGUUUUCCCCACCCAAGCUGCUGUAUCUUCAUGUGAAACCUUCAUGUGAAACAGUAAGAGAGGUCAUUAAUGAGGAAGGAUGUUUGUUGAUUGUAUGUUCCAUCCAUUUCUGUAUAGCCUAUUACAUGUUUAAAAUAUACACAUAUGUGCUAAUACUGUAUUGUCAGUAUAAUUGAAAAUUGAUCUAUAUAUCUUAAAUAAAUAAAUGUGUAAAUGUAAAAGACA